UCCAUCCUCACACCAAAAAUGUUUUUGCUAGGCUAUAAAAGUAACCCCAAGGCCCAAGUCCUAUUCACAACCAAAGAUGAGAACAUCACUUUCCUCCUCUCUUUCCUCCUUCCCCCAAUAAAAAGCUCAUAGCUUCUCCAAAAAAAUCAGUGCUUUUCCUUCAAGAGAAAAAUCUUCUCUCUCCAAUCAAUCAAUCAAGAAAAAAAGUGUUCUUAAUCCAAGAAAUUCCCUUAUAAAUGUAAAAAAUUCCACCCAUUUUUAUAUGCUCUGUUAUUUUUUUUCCCAAAGUCCUCUGUUUUUAUCCCCUGUCAAUUUAUUUAUUUGUUUAUUUUGUUGGACUGAAUGAUGGGUGAAAGCUCUCUGUAUUCACAGACUUUUCACAUUACUGUAAUUCUAGAAACUAGUUUUUUUCGUCACAAAUUUUAGUUUACAUUUACAAAUUUUUAUAUUUUUAUAUCUGAAAUUUUGAUUUUUUUUUUUUUUUGGUUUUAAAAUCAGUACAAAAAACUUGAAAAAAUAAAUAUUUUCGAUGGAAGGUGGCAGAGUUCAUGGUGGCUGUCAUGAUAUGAUUUCAUCGCUUGAGAAUUCCAACAAUUCUCUUUGGCGUUCUUCUUCUUCUACUUAUUACGGGAUGAUGGUGAAUUUUGAUCAAGAACCACCGCACCGGCCACCACCACCACCACUGCCGCCACAUCAACAAGGGCUUUUGAUGAACCCAAAAAGGUACCGUAGCGAUGAACUGUUCGCCGGAACAGUCAAUGUGGAGGACAUUAGCGAGGAUGAAUUGGAUGCAAACCUCUUCAACAACUCGGUGAAAAAAAGGCGGCUCACCCCGGAACAAGUUGAGUUUUUGGAGAAGAGUUUCGAUGCGGAUAACAGGUUGGAACCCGAGAGAAAAGUGCACCUAGCCAAAACAAUUGGGUUGCAGCCAAGGCAAGUUUCGGUUUGGUUCCAAAACCGACGUGCUAGACAUAAGACUAAGCUUGUUGAAAAGGAGUUUGGUUCAUUGAAAGACAGCUAUAAUAGUCUCAAGGUUGAUUACGACUCCCUCAUCAAGGAAAACGAGAACUUGAAAAAUGAGGUUGAGAUGUAUAAGAACUUGCUGAAAAUGGAAGGGAGAAGUAUCAACUCGAGCCCAAUUAACACACCACCAUUCGAGGAUGAAGGAACAAUGAAGAUUGAAUCUCGAAGAAAGGUGGAGAUAGUUGGUUUAGAAGGAGUAGUGUUACAAGCCGCGAAGCUAAGUGAAGCCGCGAAGCUAAGUGAAGACGCGAAUUCAGCCAAGAGUGACAUCCUUGACUAUGAUAGCCCACCUUACACCAUUGUGAACCAAUCUGCUGCGAUAGUUGAGACAUCUUCAACCCUCAUUAUGCGGGAUCCUGACCAACAAUCGGUCUUUGCACAAGAGGAUCAUAUGAUGAUGACGAAAAGCUUGUUACUUCCGCAAUCACCACCAACAUACAACAAUUUUCUUGAGGUACCGGAUGAUGAUAAGAAUUAUGACCCUAACAACGCCAAUACUUGUAACUUUUCGCUAGUUGAUAAUCAGCCUAACUGGUGUUGGCUUUACUAGCUUAGCUUGCUAGUGAUGCUCUUUUUAUAAGUACUAGUCGAUAGUCGUUACCAAUCCAUGUACGAUCAAUCAUCUUUACAUUUUGGUACGACUAUAGCUAGUACUCCGUAGAAGUUACUCAUUAUCAAUCAAUGUACGAUCAUCGGAUCGAUACAUUUUGGUUUGACUAUAGUUAAAUUAGCAGUAGUUAGUCGUUCCCAGUCGAUAAUGUACGAUCAUCGUUACAUUUUGGUACGACUACAGUUUGUAGGAGUUAGUCGUUUCCAGUCAAUGUACGAUCAUUGUUACAUUAGGGUACGACUAUAGCGUAGUCAUCUACAUUUACUUUUUUUUUUUUUUUUUUUUUUUGAACAAGUCAUCUACUUGGGCAUACAUUUUGUUCCCUGUAAUGUUCUCUUUAAUCAAUAGAAAUUAUUAUUAAAGAUAUUACCUCAA